AUGGUUUCCUUUUGCUGUGAAGUUUGUCAAGAUAUUAUCAAGAAGCCAAAACUUGAUCAACAUCGUUCUCGUUGCCAAGGAGCAUAUUUUACUUGCAUUGAUUGCAAUACGACUUUUCAAGGGACCGAUUAUCGUUCUCAUUCGUCUUGCAUGACAGAGGCACAACGGUAUCAGAAGGGUCUUUACCGUCCUACAAAGAAAGAAUUGAAGAAGAAGAAUCAGGAGAAUGGAACUACCAACGGGAAUGCUUCUACUGGCAAAGCCAAAGAAACACCAGAAGAAUCCGAGAAGGAGCAAAGUUCUUCUCCUGCCAAAAAGCGUUCCACUUCUCCUGACGAUUCUGGAGAAGAAAAAGGCAACAAGAAAAAGAAGUCGUCUUCCAAAGACAAAAAGACAUCUCCGAUCGAGCAGAUGCUUACCUUGUGCGAAAAGGAUGACAACGAGUCUCUUUACAAGCUUGUGAAGAAACACAACAAAAACGCUUCCAAGGAGGAAACUUUGGAAGCCAAGGAUGUUUUGAAGCAACUCAAGGUAUCCAAAGGUGCCAAUGGCGUUUACAUGCUUAAGGCUGGAUCUACAGAUUAA